AUGGUCCAGUCGACAGCGAACACGAGUUCCAAACUGUCAUCUUGUCCGGGAUCCACGUACCCCAUCUUCAUGGUGGGCCCGACCUGGUUUUCUGACGGGGAAAUUUUCUGUUGCCCCGAAGACUCCCUGCUCUGCGCAGGAUGUGCGGGGCUUUCCGGAAACGCGUGCGCAUCCUGCGCCGGAGGUUACACAUCCACAGACAUUGGAACGUGUGAGGCUUGUGUAGAUACGCCUGGCUGGACCACCGUGGCUGGAGCGAAUUGCUACGACUCCGCGACGUCUUGCAACAGCACUGAGUUCGAAGGCCUCUCAUCGAAUGAAGCCUGCUGCAAGUGCGGAGGUGGGCAGAAGGAAGCCACACAAUUCACGUACUACGUCGCCCCAGUCGUGCUGGGGGCCACGACUAUUGUCGGCUUUCCUGUGCCUCGAACAGCCACCCAGUACGCAAUCAACAAGGAUUGCGAGCUCUUGGAACAUGGGAUGACCAUCGAUGCCGAGACUGGUCGCUUGGAAGUUGUACAGUACGAAGCCGUGGGCCGCAACAAGACCGAGGGCUUCACGGUGACCUGCACCAUCACAGCCGAGCAAACACCCGAUCUCAGCGCUUCGGCGACGCUUACAGUUCAAGUAGACAAGGGCGUCUCCUACGGAGCCUACCCGUUGGCUUUCGAAGUUUUCGACGACCCUGUCACUGUCACGUCCUAUGCACCCGCAGUCCAGCAGGCAACCGGCCUCAACUGGACAUUUGAUAUGCUUCAGUGUAAUCCUUCAGACGCAACCUCAUCGGUGCAGCUGGCUUCAGACGGAACUCUUACCUGGGACCGGCGCCAACGUGGUGGAGUUUCCGAUCUGGGGACACUUGGAACCAGUCACGGCGGUAUUUGUAGUGCUCGCGCAGUUCCAAGCUUAGGCACCUUGGAACCUGUGCGCUCCCGGUUCGUGGCAGUGAAGCCGGAAGUAUGGACGUCCUUGUCCUAUGUAGCCAGCUUCUCGGCAACCAUCGGACAGACCGCUCCCACAGCCAGGCCCACACAGCCCACAGAGAUAUCACGACGGCCGCAGCCUUCAGCCUACACGGGAAAGUGCACUGGCGACCUUACUUUGGAUGUCGUCACGGGCCAGGCAACUUACAAGGGCUAUCACGUCUUUGACAUGGACUUGACGACUGGCUAUAUACGGCUAGCACCUGAAGAAGGGCUAGCAAGUACCUUUCCCCCAACAUCCACUAGAGGGGAGCUGACUUUCAGCUGCCAGAUCUUUGCCCUCUACCAGUUCCCCCCAUUUGGGACCGGACCAUUCAUGCAGACGGUAAUUCAAAUGACAGUGCAGGACGACACUUGCUGGCCUCAAGCCGACCCCAAGCCCAAGUUUGCCAGCUACACACAGCUGUCUACUUCCACUACUGGUGAGUCCUCGUGCCGGUGGGCGUGCCGGAGUGACAAUACCUGUGCUUACUAUUCCUAUAGCUUUGCUCGGGGCUGCAGAAAGUGGACAGCACGCUGUGCCGGUACCGUCAAUGAUAGCCCCGAUUGCCAAGAGCCAUUCGACACGCCUUAUGCCCGGGUUUCGGAUUGCUCGGAGAGGAAGACCUGCAUCCAGCUGACUGGCGGACUACCAAACUACGUGCAUGGGCGCUACUGCUACUUUGGGGAGAAUCGCUUUGAAGGCGGUAUGGUCUUCCUGAAGGAAGGCGUCACAAGCUACGAGACCUUGUGGCUCCACCGUCGAGGAGAAGAUGAUUAUUGGUAUCUUCAGCGACCGGGGCCAGGCGACUACCAAAACGCCUCUGCGACCUACAUGGCUUUCGGAGGUGACCUGAUCGAGACUGUCUUCUUGUAUGGCAGGUAUUCUUGGUAUGCGAGAAUGUCGUCGUCGACCAGCGGGGUUGGGGCAUAUUUCGAGGUGGAGACGCUACAUUGUGACUCCCCGAACCUCACUUUCACGGACAACAGGGUUACAGCUGUAGAGGAAGGGGUGCAGACCCUCGUGGUGGAUGACCCAUCUACAGAGACGAUCAACGACUACUGGCUGCAUCCUUGCCAAUGCGCUCCACCUCGGUGGGGGCAAAACUUGCCGGUCACAAGCGAUUCCUAUUCGGCAAUCCCGGCCGGCAGCAACAAUGUGUUCAGGCCGCCGCCCUUCGAAGUUGUCACAGGUGAGCUUUCCUGCGAACUUGAUUCUCUCUUAGAUGUGAUUUAUGAGACCGAGUUGCAGGCCGUGGACCAAGAGGAAUGUCAAAGCCAGUGUUCACAAAGUGAGUCGUGCAGGUACUUUCUGACGGGGGAGAUUCUGAAUGCCAAGCAGUGCCGGCUCUUCAGCUCUUGCAGCAAUCUCUGGCGCGAGAUUGGCUUGUCAGGCACCCUUUACUCCUUCCCUAAGACCGAAAGAGUCUGUGCCAUCGCAGAUCCGGUGCUUUGCUGGCAUACCACGAAGCGUCGCCAGAGGCUGCGCACUUACUACAACGCUGCCUCGACGCAGUCCUUGCUUGAACCUUGCUUGGAUCAGCAUCUCUUCGAACAGUGCGAUGACUUCCUCUACAUUGGCGGCCUAGGAGUGGAAGAGUGUUCACCGUGCAAGUACAUGGACUCAUCGCAGGAUGGGGUUGACAACAUACUCAGCAAGUCUCUCAUGCCGAAUCGCUUUGACCAUGGUACGACGCUGAAGGUCAGCUGUUGGGGUGAGAGGUAUACCGCUUUUGCCAACGAGAUCGCUACCUCUGGCUUCCCACUUACCUGUGCCACCGGAAGCUGGCUUGGCGCGAGCGGCUCGAAAGGCCUUGCCAACUUCCAGUGCAUCGCCUACAUCCAGGUGGUGAACAGCUACUAUAAAGACUUGGACGUGCGAAACUGGCAGGAGCUGUUCUUCUACCGGUGGUUUGCGACCUCAAUUUCUCUUCUACAACAACGCGGCUCUGACACGAGUCUCGGCGAUUUUUUUGUGAUGCCAGACGAUGAAGGAGCGCCAGUGGAGCGGAGAUUCCGGACUAGAACGGGUCAGUGCUUGAGCACCGCAGGUGGGAACUUAGGCGAAGAAUCGUGCACCAGCUCUGCUGAGCAGCUGAUGGAUGGCACCGUCGUGGCUUCCCAAUAUUUUCAGAAAUACAAGCGUGACAAUGACAAGGAGGUGAAGAAGACCUCGGGGGCAGAUGAGCUCUUGGACCUCGAGGGGGACAUCGACUGCACCGAUAAGUCCGCUGGUCUCGUCCUGAGCAAGAUCGAAUUCAGCCAGGGCACAAUUGUCGGAAACUGUGCGGUCGGAGCUGUGGAUCCAAGCUUCAAAAAAGAAUUCCCGCCGGUGGCUCUGAGCUUCCAGAUCAAGAACUCGCAAUACCAGAAGUGCUUGGUCAUAGGCUCUUGUGGUUCCGGCGUUGAUCCUGCAGUUCCUUGCAUCCAGAACGGCCUCCAGGCCUGCGAUGGAGGUCCAGAUCAGUCCUUCGUUCAGGGGGCGGCCUCUUCGGAACGAGGUUUGCUAAUGUAUGAGCUCUUGUGGGGCGGGAAGAAUGUGGAGUUUGCAAAGGUUGCGCCCGUGAACUACAAUACGGUCUCUUUCCGUCUGCCCAACGCGGGCAACAAUGCGGGCCGCCUCGGGACCAAGGAGCUAACCAACCAAGGCGCAGCGUCCUUCCAGACUUUUUACUCAAUCAGUGGCGGGGGAGACAUCACGGCCAAAACCGAGUCCAAUCUGCAGUAUCUGUUUGCUGAGAAGCCGGCAAAUUUGGGGGCCGAGUACGUGUGGACCAUGUCUACGACGCUGGCCGGCACGGAUUUCGAACUGGAUUGCGGCGUUGGCUUCGUGAUGCAGAGGUUCAACAAGCUUCAAGUUGAGAUUCGGUACGUCUGUGUUCGGAUGGCGACCCUCGGUGCUUGUGAUGAACAAUUCUCAAAUCAAGAGAUCAUUGGCAAUACCGCUGCGCGGAUUGACAUGGACUGCGGCAGUGAGCGUGGCAUUCAGGCGAUUGUCGGAGAGUUCGAUGCCGCUGGGAAGUGGGUUCGCUUCCGAACCCGCUGCUGUCAAAUCGGAUCCAACCCGGUACUCUUUUCAAGGGGUGAAGACUGGGAAGAUCAGGAUCCGCUCACGGCAGAGCAGGGCAUCUACGCUCCGGUUGCAAUGGAUGUCUCUGGCCGACCGGAAUUCAACAUGAAACUGCAAUUCUGUAAGAUCUGCUCUUCGGCGUCUUGGUACUACUGGUUCGAGCAUGAUGCUGCCGACGGUGAGUGGUGCGCUAGGAGAUUCUUCACAUCAUUGAGUUGCGUCUCCAGCAACUUGGUCCACCCCCUGGAUGAACAGCUCGGCGGAAGCAUCUGGCAGGUCGUCCCGGUAGACAGCUUCGACGCAAGCUCAGUGGGUGGAGGAGGAGCACGCCUUCCCAACAGGUACACAGCGAAGAAGGCCCCGCCACAAUUGAAAUUCGAGUCGGAGGAUCCGGAGUACGCGCCCGAGUGCAAAGACGAGAGCCAUCCUGGCGCUGCCACGUUUUCUCAAGAAACGAUGAACCAGGUAGCAGAGGAGCUCACGACAUCCAACCCUGAAAACCCCUGCGCAAGUAUCUUUAGCACCUGGGACCUGGGUGGCACGCCAAAGACGAAGAAGGAGAGCGAUUGGACUGGGUUGCCCGUCGUGUCGGAAUUCAUCCCCCAAGAGAACAACAUAGAGCAGGAGGGAGAGGGCAACUCCUGGUAUGAGUCGAACCUGGGGGACGUGGAUCAGCCUGGAGAAAGCGGCAUUACCUACAAGAACACCAUUGGAUGCGACGAUCGCGAAGGUGAUCGUGAUUUGGUCAUGGCAGGAUGGCAGUCCACGCACGACAGGAUGCAGUACGCGGAGCAUUCUGCCAGUGGGAUGGUUGCUGUAUAA